GUUGAUGAAAUCAAUCCAUAGCCCAGAACCAGGACUGAAAAUCCAAAGCCCAAAACUCCAAAUGUUGGAUCACAAAUCCAUGGGGGCAAAUCGAGUUCCAAAAAAUUCUUCAAUUCAGCUCCGCAAUCGAACAAAAUUGAUCACUCGGCUCUUCGUUUUCUUCGAAAUCGGUAAGAGAUUCAGAAUCAAAUGAAGCAGCUUCAGCUUCUGAGACAUUGUACUGUAGGAGGGAUUAGGGGUUUCGCUGCGCAGAGUGGAAAGGGAUCAAAUGUACAGAGUUUGAAGAUUGAAGGGAUUACGGACAUCAUAGCUGUUGCUUCCGGCAAAGGUGGUGUUGGCAAGUCUACUACAGCUGUUAAUUUGGCGGUUUCACUUGCAAAUAAGUGCAAGCUUAAAGUUGGGCUUCUCGAUGCGGAUGUUUAUGGGCCGUCGAUUCCAAUGAUGAUGAAACUCCAUGGAAAGCCUGAAGUGAGUGCAGAUAAGAAAAUGAUCCCUAUCGAGAACUAUGGCGUCAAAUGCAUGUCAAUUGGAUCUCUUGUGGCAGAGGGGGAUGCACUUGUCUGGAGAGGUCCGAUGGUAAUGAAAGCACUUGAACAGAUGACAAGAGGAGUUCAUUGGGGAACACUAGAUAUACUUGUCGUGGACAUGCCACCUGGCACCGGUGACGCUCAGAUUUCCAUCUCCCAGAGAUUGCAAUUGUCAGGAGCACUAAUCGUUUCAACUCCUCAAGAUGUAGCAUUAAUGGAUGCUCGAAGAGGUGUUAAAAUGUUCGCCCAAGUUAAUGUGCCGAUAUUAGGAAUACUGGAGAAUAUGAGCUAUUUUAAAUGUCCGAAAUGUACCGAGCCUUACUACAUUUUCGGAAAAGGUGGAGCUCAAAGAACUGCUGAUGAAAUGGAUAUGGAGUUUCUUGGCGAGGUACCGUUGGAAACGGGGAUCAGAAGUGGUUCUGAUGAAGGUGUCCCUGUUGUGAUAUCCGAUCCCGAUUCUUUUGUAUCACGGGCCUACGCUGAUGUGGCACAAAAGAUCGUCAGAAAACUCGAACUAACCAGACGACAAAACUUAGGGCCUGAAAUAAACCUGUGAAAAACCGAGUGGGGUAAAUGGAUUAUGUAGACAAAUUUUGAUCUUGUAUGAACUAUAUAUUCCAAUAAUCUAGUUUCUUGAUUUUUUUUUUAAAUUAA